UCAGUCUCAUGUAGAUACCUACCUGUUAGUGUACCUAUAUAAACGUCGUUUAGGUAUUAGGUUGUUCGAUCGUGUAUCAUAAAUAGUUCAUCAGUGAUCGUAUAAUAUUGUGUUCAUUCAAUUUUUUUUUUCGACCGGUAACAAAUUUAAUAAUUCAGUGUCGUAUAACUUUAUGUUUUUCUAACUUGAACUGUAACAAUUGGAAAUACUCGUGAAAAGCAGGUCUAUUCAAAAUGGGGAGCACCGAUACAACCAUUCUACAAAACGGAGACAGCAUCCAUCAAAACGGAAAGAUUACCCAAAAUGGAAACGUAGAAAAUUUCAAAAAUAUCGAUUUGAAAGAAAUUAAUGGUGGAAAUACGAAAAUUGAAAAUCCCAAUAAUGAUGUCGAAAACGAAAUAAGAAUAGAAUACAAUUGGCCAAGUGGGACAGGACCUGAUAAACUAAGACCUACUGAUAACAUACACACUUCUGUGCCCGACGGAUGCGUUAAAAUAAGAAAUUCUUUCGAAAUCGACACGAAGCCUAUAUCCGUCCCAACAUUAGUAAAUGAAGCUGUGGAAAGAUGGGGAGAUUUACCUGCUCUAGGAACGAGAAUAGAAGGAGCCGGAUGGGAUAUCGUGAAUUUCAGGCAAUACCGCGAAGAUGUUCGAACCGUAGCCAAAGCUUUUAUAAAAUUAGGUUUAGAACGUUAUCAUUCAGUAUGUAUUCUGGGAAUGAACUCGAAAGAAUGGUUCUACGCAGAUAUAGGAGCCAUCCACGCUGGCGGUUUUGCAGCCGGAAUUUACACCACGAAUUCACCAGACGCCUGUUUACAUUGCCUGAAAACGAGUUACGCCAACAUCGCGGUUGUUGAGAAUGAUAUGCAGUUACAGAAAAUUUUGAAAAUCCGUGACCAAGUACCUGAUCUUAAAGCAAUUAUUCAAUACACAGGCAAACCCAGUGAUUCGUCAGUAUUAAGCUGGCAAGAUUUGAUGGAUAUUGGGAGCAAAGAAUCUGAUGAAAAAUUAGACGAAAUAAUCGACUCGUUAGCUGUGAAUGAAUGUUGCUCUCUAUUGUACACAUCAGGAACCACCAGCUUACCAAAGGCAGUAAUGUUAAGUCAUGAUAAUUUGAUAUUCAAUGCGAAAAUGGCAGCUAAAUAUUUAGACAUGGAACCGGGUAAUGAGAGAAUUCUAUCAUAUCUUCCACUUAGCCAUGCUGCUGCUCAGGCUGCUGAUUUAUUUAUGGGCCUUGUCUGCGGAGGUUGCGUUUAUUUUGGCGAUAAAAAUGUAUUAAAAGGAUCAAUGGUGGAUAACCUAAAAGCUAUGAAACCUACGAUUUUAUUCGGUGUUCCCAGAGUAUGGGAAAAAAUUAAAGAAGGUUUGGAAACAGCUGAAAAAAAAUCAUCCAGAGUCAAACAGUUUCUCUUCUAUCACGCCAGAGCAGCAGGUCUCGCUCAUUACAAAGCUGUAUCGGAGGGUUAUGUGGGAGAAUCAUUCUCGUAUAAAUUUUUCAAACGUUUAGUCUACGGAAAAGUUAAAGAAGCUUUGGGUUUUGAUCAAUGUCGAACAUAUUUAUCAGGAGCUGCGCCCAUACCAACCGAAGUCAGAGAAUUUUUAACCAGUCUUGAUAUGCCUGUGACAGAAGCCUACGGAAUGUCAGAAACUAGCGGCGGACAUUUUAUUAGUAAAUCUCCGGAUCUUGACUUAAACGCUAUUGGUAGAACUUUCCCUGGAACUCGCUCGAAAAUUGAUCAACCUGACGAAAAUGGAAACGGAGAGAUUUGUAUGUAUGGAAGAAACGUGUUCAUGGGAUACUUGAACGACCCCGAAAAAACUGAAGAAGCUUUAGAUUCCGAUGGAUGGCUGCAUUCUGGAGAUCUUGGAAAAAUUAACAAAAAUUCGUUCCUACAAAUAACUGGAAGAAUAAAAGAGCUGAUAAUUACAGCUGGUGGGGAGAACGUAGCUCCUGCUUUAAUUGAAUUAGCCGUAAAAACUGAAAUACCCAUAAUUAGUCAAGCUGUCAUUAUAGGAGAUCGUCGUAAAUAUCUUUCUAUGUUGGCAACAUUAAAAUGCGUGAUAAACAUGGAAACAGGAGUACCACAAGACGAAUUAUCACCCGAAUCCAAAGUGUGGUUGAAAUCAAUUGGAGCCAGUCAAUAUAAAACCGUUUCAGAAAUUGUUGAGAAGAAACCUGCUGAAGUGUACAAAGCCAUCGAAGAGGGAAUUAAACGUGUAAAUGAUAAUGCAAUUUCUCAAGCUCAAAGGAUACAAAAGUUUACCAUUCUUCCAAAAGAUUUUUCACUAGCCACCGGAGAAUUAGGACCAACCAUGAAAGUUUUAAAACGUAUUGUCUUCGUUAAAUACGAAAAAGAAAUUGAAGAACUGUACCAGUAACUACUAUUUUUAAGGAGCAAUAACAUGAUUUUUUUCAAUUUUCCGCAAAACUGUUUUAUAUUCAUUUGCUUAAGUUAAUCUUAAUAGGUACCCAUGUUUUUUUCUCCUGAGCAAGUUCGUAUUUGAAAUUUUUAUCCAAAGAUUUACCAGACAUUUCAAUCUUUUUUUAUUCAUUUUGUAAUUGGAAUCUUAAAUGAAAACCCCUACUGGCUAAUUGAAUUUUUUCUUCAAUUUUACUGGAUAUCAUACACUUAUGUUUUUAACUUACCUACCUAGAAACUUAUCUGUAAGCUUUUUUGCGUAAAUAUCAAAUAGAUAUACCGCGUCAUAUCAAACAAAAAACUCCCUUCUUGCUCUCUACUGAAAAUUAUUAAUGUUUUAAUGAUAAAAAAUUGCAAGAAUUUUAUGAUGCCUUCAGAUGAUUUAUCUGUAUCUAAUUACGUACAUGCUAAGAUUGAUAAGUACUUCAACAUGUGAAAUGUGUCGUACCUAAAAUUGCAUACCAACUCCACUUACCAAACAUUUUUUGUUUUUUUCUACCAGUUUUUAACAUUUUACGCUACACGUACGUUUUCAUAAAGAUCAUUAAGUAAUUGUAAUAAACAGAUCAAGCAAAGAUCACAGAUGAAGAAUUUUUCCCGAUUUCUCUAGUUCGAAAUCAUCUCGACCUCGAGUAAUUAUUGCGCUGGAUGGAGAAAUUGAAAGGGUUGCGAAUUAUUCGUGUCAUGUCAGAUUAGGUUGCUUUUGAAAGGAUGGGACAAGUUCCAACAUAACAUAGACCUUGUUUAUUUUAUUACCCGUAGUUAUGAAUUCGUGUUGACGAUUGUUAAUUUUGAAUUGGUAAUAAAAAUUGUUGGAUCGAGA